UAAGACUGCGCGCGCUCCUGCAUCUGUUGUGAUUCUAAAGAAAGAUGGAGUUUAUUAAAGAGGAGACUGAAGACAUAAAGAUGGAGUUUAUUAAAGAGGAGACUGAAGACAUGAAGAUUGAGUUUAAUAAAGAGGAGACUGAAGACAUGAAGAUUGAAGAAAGAUUCAGAGUGAAACAUGAAGAUACUGAGGAACAAACAGACCUGAUGGCACUGAAAGAGGUGAGUCAUGAACUUAAUGAAAGGGAAGAAGAGAAAAAACAUUAUAAUUUCAUGACUGGGGAAAGAGCGACACAGGCUUCCUCACAGACAAGAGCUCAAAAGACAGGAACUAAAAGUUAUUUCACCUGCCAACAGAGUGGAAAGAGUUUUGAUCAACAUAGAAACCUUCAAGUCCACUUCAGAGUUCACACUAGAGAGAGUCCCUUCACGUGCCAACAGUGUGGAAAGAGUUUGACACGUGAAGAAAACCUUCAAGUCCACUUGAGAAUUCAUACUGGAGUAAAGCCUUACACCUGCCAACAGUGUGGACGGAGUUUCAGUCAAAAAGGAAACCUUAAAGACCACAUGAGAAUUCACACUGGAGAGAAACCUUUCACAUGCAAGCAAUGUGGACAGAGUUUCACAAAAAAAGGAAGCCUUAAAGGCCACAUGAGAGUUCACACUGGAGAAAAGCCUUACACCUGCCAGCAAUGUGGACAGAGUUUCAGUCAAAAAGGACACCUUAUAGUCCACAUGAGAAUUCACACUGGAGAGAAACCUUACACCUGCCAACAGUGUGGAAAGAGUUUCACACAUAAAAGAAGCCUUAAAGUUCACAUGAGAAUUCACACUGGAGAAAAGCCUUACACCUGUCAACAAUGUGGACAGAGUUUCAGCCAUAAAGUAAGCCUUAUAGUCCACAUGAGAAUUCACACUGGAGAGAAACCUUUCACCUGCCAACAGUGUGGACAGAGUUUCAGACAUAAAGGAAACCUUAAAGUCCAUAUGAGAGCUCACACUGGAGAAAAGCCCUACACCUGCCAACAGUGUGGAAAGAGUUUCACACAUAAAGUAAGCCUUAUAGUCCACAUGAGAAUUCACAGUGGAGAAAAGCCUUAUACCUGCCAAGAAUGUGGAAAUAGUUUCAUUGAGAAAGGAAGCCUUAUAGCCCACAUGAGAACUCACACUGGAGAGAGCCCAUUCACCUGCCAACAGUGUGGAAAGAGUUUCAGUCGAAAAGGAAAACUUGAAAUCCACAUGAGAAUUCACACUGGAGAAAAGCCUUAUACUUGCCAUGAGUGUGGAAAGAGUUUCAGUGAGAAAGGAACCCUUACAGCCCACAUGAGAAUUCACACUGGAGAAAAGCCUUACACCUGUCAACAGUGUGGAAAGAGUUUCAAUCAAAAAGGAAACCUUAUAGCCCACAUGAGAAUUCACACUGGAGAAAAGCCUUACGUCUGCACUCUGUGUGGGAAUGGCUUCAAACAGGAAGCAAGCCUUAGGGAACACAUGAAUAUUCACACUGGAGAAAAGCCAUUUAUGUGUGAUCAGUGUGGAAAGAGUUUCAGAUUUAAAGGUUACCUUAAGUGUCACAUGAUGAUUCACUCAAAAGAGAACGGUUUUAGAAGUCGUCACUGUGGAAAGAGCAGAGGUGUAAAGAGUAGCUGAAAACCAUACUUGAAUAAAAGUGCAUAUACUUUACAGAAAAAAUGACUCUAUUACAAGUUUCAAGUCACCAAUUCUAAUACAACUUGAGUAAAAGUCAGAGUAUCGGAUUUUAACUGUACUUAGUAAGUAUUUACUCAUGCUGAAUUUAGGCUUGAAGAUGCACUAGUCCAGAAAUGCCAGUGAAAAUAAGAAACAAUUGACUUGAUUGAUGAGAAAUCAUGUUUAUUUUCUAAAAUCAAAAUAAAAUUAAACAAGUCAAUAUUGCAAUAAAUCAAGGUCAACACAACAGCCUCUUAAAUGUUAAAAGUGUAAAACUCCUGCAGUUCACAAAGCUUACGCUAUGUCCUACGCCUUCCCUAUUCAACUUACAGAAAAAGUAACUGACGCGACGCCAGUUUACACUUUCUUCGUAACUUGAAAACGGAAGGCUGUCUGGCGGAAGCUAGAUAUUUUAUUUCAUAACUUGUUAAAUAUGAAUAUUUUUUUACACAAACAUCUCUUCGCUUCAGAAGGCCUUUAUUAACCCCCUGGAGCCGUGUGGAGCACAUCAUUAUGAUGGAUGGAUGUGGAUGGAAGCACUUUCUUCAGCUCACAUUAAUUGACCCUGUGCACUGCCAUUAUAAAGCUCAGAGGAGUCAGGAUAUUUGAUGUCAACCCAAAAUGGCCGCCCUCAACCUCUGAAUCAGCCAAAAGUGUGCCUGCAAGGGUGAAGUCACAGGAGCAUGACACCAAUUAUUUAAUGUAAUUAUAAUAAAAUCAUUAAUGAAUUUAUUUUUAAAAAUUGCUUCGCAUUGUGCAAAAUUCUCAAAUUAGUAUUGAUACUGAGGAAUCCUUUUCUAUUGAUUUAUGUCUCCUCACUUACAGUUGAAUUAAUGAUGCAAACAUGAGUUUCAUCAAUGGCUCCGACAACUCCACGAAAGCCCGAAAUUCUCAUAAAAAUGGCUUCCUUUUGCCACAUGUUUUUGACGGUCAGUUUGAAAGACAAUGAAUUGCCAAAUAGUAGUGGCCAAAAGUGAUGGUUGGCUUAGGAAAAUUUACAUAUUCACCCUUUAUUCAAAUAUUAAAAAUGUCUUAAAGAUUUUGCAAACAUAUUGUGUAGUUGUGCUUGGAGUCAAUUGUUUUAUUUGUGAUAACAACGUGGUAAAUUGUAUGACAUAAUUUUAGGCCAGGCUGUCAUACAAAGACAUUAUGAGCACAUGCAAAAAUGAGAGAGGACCAAUGAAAUAUUAAUAACUGAUUGCGUUGCAAGAGUAACCGGCUUAAUUCUGGCCAUCUGCGUUGUGUAACAGAAGACACGGGACAACUGGAACUGCUGCUGAUGGGGAUUUAAUGCUGGGACCAGUAAAUGGCACUGAAUGGAUUAAAGAGUACAGCAUGAGAAAUUGAUUGUCUGUGAUUUUAUAACCUCUCCUCAAUGCGCUCAAUGCGAUUUCAAUAAAUGUGAUAAAUAUCACAAUGAUAACAUCAAAAACAAAAUGCACGGAACACAUUACAAAGGACAUUAAGUGCAAAAUUAAUUACAUAUAUCUAGACAUAGAAAAUAAUCUCCUGCAGCUAGUUUUAAAUCAACCAUGAACUGGAAAAUGAACAUAUUGAUACAAAAUGAAUACAUUGAAAAAUAGAACGGAUAUAAACCAUAUCUGGAGAGAUUAAAGAGAGUACAGCUUAAGACAAUGUUUCAUCUGUGAUUUUAUCACCUGAACAGAUUAUAGGCAGUUAUUUAAUCACCUAAAAUCACAACGUUCUGUUGGCGCGCACACACAUAUACGCACACACAUACUCAAACCGCUGUACUAGUAAUGAAACUAUUAAAUCCAAUCCAUCCAUUCAUAAAACACUUUCUAAUACCUUUAUAACACUGUGAACAAUGAUAUUACUGCAUAUUAUGGACUUAAACUUUCAGAACUUUUACAGGCCUAUAUUGAGAGAGCACCGAUAACUGCUUAUCUCUCCUUAACGCGAUCUGAGGACGCAGCGUGGGCUAAACAGUAAUGACGUCACCACGCAACACAGAUACAAAACUGUGGUGUAUUGGGAUAAUGUGUAUGUGUAUAAUGUGCAUUCAUUGGUUCCUAUGCCUAGGAUAUGGUAUUUAAGUCAUGUGAUGUGAUUUGCACCUGGGUGAUGUGAUGUAUGCUUCAUGUGACCUGAACAUGAGUAAAAGCGUGCUUGAUAGCA